GUGGGUGCUGGAAUUGGACAUUUUUCCACUUGACUCUAAGCUAUCCUUUCAACGUUAAAGGAGAGGUCAUAGUUUCUGAGAUGAAUCUGGAUCCAUCACAUCACUUCUCACUGCUCCUCCUGCUUUUUGUAAACCUAACAGGUGUGUACGGUCAAAGAAUCAUUGGGGGGAUGGAGGUAUCCCCCUACUCCAUAAGGUAUCAGGCCUCCCUCACGUUCAGAAACUACCACUUUUGUGGAGGCACCCUCAUCCACCCACAGUGGGUGGUGUCUGCUGCCCACUGCUGGAGACCGGCUCUCCUGAUGAAAGUGGUGCUGGGUCAGCACAAAAUUAUGAAGGUGGAGGGCUUUGAGCAGGAGUUCGAUGUUUCCUUGGUCGUUAGGCACAACCAGUACAACCCCUGGACAUUUGACAAUGACAUCAUGCUGCUUAAGUUGGAGCGUCCAGCUGUCAUCAAUGCCAUGGUGGAGCCAGUCUCUCUGCUAGAUUCAAACUCACAGUCUUUGGACUACAGGGCCCGAUGCACGGUGAGCGGCUGGGGUGUGACCUGGCUCAACAGCUACAUGUUGUCACCUGUUCUCAGGUCUGUGGAUGUAGACAUCUUCCCCUCCUGCUCGCGCUACUACUUCAGGACCACGCAGAACAUGGUGUGUGCUGGCUCUGUCUCUGGAGGGAAAGACUCCUGUCAGGGUGACUCAGGAGGACCACUUGUUUGUGACGGUAAGUUUGAGGGUAUUGUGUCAUGGGGCAUAGGCUGUGCCUUUGCUAACUACCCCGGUGUCUACACCAAGGUCAGGAACUACCUGGGCUGGAUCAACAGUGUCACUCAGACAAACAAAAGGAAAUGAACAAUUCUGUCCUUAGACUCCACCGUGGUGAGGAUUUAAAUGGAUCCUGAUGGACUUAAAAGCCUAAACUUACUUUUAAAUGUUUUCUUUUUAUGUUUUUAUAUAAACUGUGGAUAUUAUUAUUAAGAUUGAUUUAGCAAUUUAUCAUUGUUGCUCUACAUGUCUCCACUCCUUCACUGACUCUGAGGUCAAAGAGAAGCUGGACUUGACAAUAAAAAUAUAUUUU